AUGAAAAUUUUUAUCCCGCUUUUGGCGUUUUCGUUAUCAGAGCCGAUUCAUAAGAUUGAGAAGAGACAAGCUUCAAAUUUUCUUUCUGCAUGUGCUGAUAUGCCCGGAGCCGAAGAAACCUGUCGCGAGGAAAAUGCCCAUUAUGCGCCGACAGGUGAUUCCGGCAGUUCCGGAGGAGACAUUUAUGGACUGGCCUAUACUUCUAACAACGAUAACUCAGACGGCAAUCUUUACGACGAUUCGUGGCAGACUGAAGAUGAUUUUGACGCUAGGCAAUAUGAAGAUUUGAUGAUGGAAUCUCACGAAUAA